ACGAAUCUUGUUCGACCAGCUCAGUUGUUGUUUGGAUGGGAUUGGGAAUAGAACAUUGAUUGCUGAAUCGUUGCAAAAAUCAAACAAAGCAUGUUCCGCACAUCGUGUUGUUUUCUUUUAAUUGUGGUCAGUGCAUUUUUUGCUGGCACAGCAGUGGGGCAGCAAUAUGCAAGUGAGUGUACGUUACCGAAUCGCCAAACUGGUCAGUGUAUGCCGGUGAAAUCUUGCCGGCCAAUUUAUGAAACGUUCCUCAGAGCAAAGGCGGAAAAUCGUAAACUAUCGGCGGACGAGGUUGCCAAUUUACAAAAAUUCUUUUGUGGAACCAUAUCGAAUACGGUCCAUGUCUGCUGUGCCGCGACGGACAUUCAAUUGAAUGCUGACGGCUUGGAAAUAUUGAAAAAACAAGAACAAUGUGGCGUUCUAACUGGCAAUAAAGUUUCGAAUGGUGUGGAGGCUGCCUUGUUUUCCUUUCCCUGGAUGGCUUUGUUAGUUUACAAUGAUACGCGAGAUCCAUAUAAAUGCGGCGGGUCUUUGAUAAGUGAACGUUAUGUUUUAACAGCUGCCCACUGCCUUAAACCCGAUUUACAUCUAGUUCGUUUGGGUGAACAUCGCAUUAGUACGGAAAGAGAUUGCCUACCAAAUGGUUUGGUAUGUGCCCCACCGGUGGAAAAUAUUGAAAUUGAAUUGGCCAUACCAAAUUAUUCGUUUCGAAGAUUUUCACACGAUAUAGCCUUGCUGCGAUUGAAGCGUGCAGUUCAGUAUCAAAAACACAUCAAACCAAUAUGUUUACCCAUUUACGAUGAGCUGAGGCCUAAAAGAUAUCCGGAAUAUGUUAUCUCUGGAUGGGGUCGUACAGAUAAGGCCCCCAUUUCCGAUGUCUUAAUGGCCGCCGUCAUACCAUUUGUAGAGCUGCCAGAAUGUCAGACAGUUCUACAAAAAUAUCGUCUACGCAGUCGAUUGAAUGAGAGUCAUAUUUGUGCUGGAAAUCGAAAUUUAGUUGAUUCCUGUGAUGGUGAUUCCGGUGGUCCCUUGGGCUAUAAGGACAUGUAUAAUGGUCAUCCACGUUUCAUACAAUUCGGUGUGGUGGCAUUUGGGGUGAAUUUGUGCGGUGAAGGUGACUCACCGAAUGUUUACACGAAUGUUUCACAUUACCUGCAAUGGAUAACGGAUAAUAUUUCGAAUUGAUUUUUUGAAGUAUUUUUUUUAAUUUUUUUCGUAUUUCAAUAAAAUUAGGGGAUUAUAUUUUAAUAUAA